AUGAUCGAUACAGACUUAAGUGGGGAAAAGUAAUAUCUGAGUGAAAUUUACAACAAAAUUGUCUGUAGCGGUUUCUCCGUUCGUAGACCUAUUGGUCUGUAUUUAAAGGAAUAUCUACUUCAAACUAACGGUUCGAUGACCAAGGAUUUCAUACAAAAAGAAACCUCGUUGAAAAACCCGUUACUGGCGAGCCAUAGAUUAAGAAUGGUGAGAGGGGUAGUGUCCGGUCAACGCUCUUACCUGGUUAAUGUAUAUAAGAGACGCGGUUCGAACGAUGUUCACGGCAGAUCAACGGUAGACAUGUUCGGCAAGAUAGUUUUGAUUCUUUCGGUUAUGGCUCUGGUCAGAGCCCAGAUACCCAGCCUGGGUUUCUGUCCAGAUUACAUACCGAUGGCCAACUUUGACAUGAACAAGUUUCUGGGUAUCUGGUUCGAAGCUGAAAGAUACUUCCAACUGACAGAAGUAGUGUCACGAUGCGUAAUGGUAAAUUAUUCAUUGAGUACUGAUGGUAAAUUCCGAGUCACCAAUGAAGUCACAAAUAGAUUCACAGGAAUUAAAAGAAUACUAGAGGGUGAGAUUAAGAAAGCUGCCUCAAAAGCCGAAGAAGGAAAACUUACUGUGAAAUAUUCGUUGCCAUUGAGUCCUGAGACUAAGUAUUCAGUGCUUGAAACAGAUUACGAUAGUUAUGCGGUUCUGUGGAGUUGUUCUGGUAUUGGUCCAUUCCGUACACAAAAUGCUUGGGUUAUGACCAGAGAAAGACAAGCACCAGGGACAGUCUUACAAAAGGCAUACGCAGUCCUGGAUAAAUACCAGAUCUCCAAAAUGUUCUUCGUGAAAACAGACCAAGAAGACUGCGCCUACUUAGAAGCAUCAGAAGCACAAAACGAUGAAACUUCCGAAGAAACUCCACAAAAAGAUACAGAAAACGUCAGAACUGCUUUAACACCAGACGCACCAGAAGCUAUGCUCGAAAUGAAGAACACGAAAGAAGACGAAAAAACCGUAGCGAAGAAACCUCAAAUCACGGAAAAUCUGAAGAAAAAACCUAUUAACACAGUUCCCGAACGAAUCAUGGAAGUGGCUGAUACUAUGAAACAAGAUGCACCAAUAAACGAUGCAAAAAUAAAAAAUGAGAAUGUUGGUGAGGCGAUGCCAGAAAAAAUGAACGAAAAUAUGAAACAAGCAGAGACAACCGCUAUUUGGGAAAGUGGUAUGAGAUCGAGAAGUACUUUGCAUUCUUCGAGUUCGGUGGGAAAUGCGUAACUGCUACUUUCAAUGUAACAGACGACAGCAACUCGAUCAACAUUUUGAAUAAGCAGAUAUCUUCUUUAACUGGAGUUUCUUCAAGUAUCGAAGGUGUUGGGAAACCUGUUCUUAAAGUGGAAGAAGCAAAAUUGAGUGUUUCGUUCCCGAGUAUGCCUCUUCCGAUAGAUGCACCUUAUUGGAUUCUCGAUACCGACUAUGCAACUUAUGCUGUCGUAUGGAGUUGUUCGAAUUUCGGUGUAUUCAGUACGAGGAACGUUUGGAUUUUAGCAAGAGAACCAAAGCCACCGGUUUCUGUUUUAGAGAAAGCUUAUCAGAUAUUGGACAAAAAUAACAUAAGUAGAGCAUAUUUCAUUCGUACGGAUCAGAAGAAUUGUCCUAUAGGGAACUGA